UGUCUUGUAUUUCUAGUAUCUUUGCACUAGGCUACACUACAGUGUAGGCCUACUUCCUUAAAAAUAAUGGCAGCGAAUGGUACUACUGCAAACAACAAUUCGGUGGCUCAGGCUAGUAAAAGACGAAAACUAAAUAACAACCAUGUAACGGUGGUUUUAGGAGCACAGUGGGGUGACGAGGGUAAGGGGAAAGUGGUUGACAUGUUGGCUACAAAGGCAAAUAUCGUGUGUCGAUGCAGCGGUGGUAACAAUGCAGGGCAUACUGUGGUGGCUGAUGGCAAAGAAUAUGAUUUCCAUCUUCUCCCAAGUGGCAUCAUAAACAAAAACUGUACAUCAGUUAUUGGUAAUGGUGUGGUUAUACACUUGCCAGGAUUAUUUGAAGAGGGUGAGAAGGCCGCCAAAAAGGGUUUGGUGAAUUGGCAGGACCGGCUUCUUAUUUCAAACAGGGCUCAUCUAGUUUUUGAUUUGCAUCAACAAAUUGAUGGAUUGCAGGAGAAAGAAAAAGGCAAGAACAGUAUUGGUACAACAAAGAAAGGAAUCGGUCCAACAUAUUCAUCUAAGGCAAGUCGGUCUGGGCUUAGGAUCUGUGACCUUCUUGGAAAUUUUGAUAAAUUUUCUGAAAAAUUCAGAAAUCUUGUCUGUGUCUCUAAACGAACAUUUCCAGAUUUAGAAGUUGAUACGGAAAAAGAAUUAGAACGAUAUAAGGAAUUUGCUAAAAUGAUCUCACCUAUGGUAACAGAUACCAUAUUCCUGAUUCAUGAGGCCAUGAAGGAUGAUAAAGAGAACAUGAUUCUGGUAGAGGGCGCCAAUGCAACAAUGUUGGACAUUGACUUUGGUACCUACCCCUAUGUUACAUCUUCUAAUUGCUCUAUUGGUGGUGUGAUGACUGGACUUGGUAUACCAGCAUGUAGUAUCGGUAACGUGUAUGGUGUGACGAAGGCAUACACAACGCGUGUUGGUGAUGGAGCAUUUCCAACAGAACUGUGUGACGAAUUGGGUGAUACACUUCAAAAUCGUGGACAUGAAUGGGGGGUAACAACAAAGCGUAAGAGACGAUGUGGGUGGAUGGACACCGUUUUGCUCAACUACACUAGAAUGAUAAAUGGAUUUACUGCGUUAGCCAUGACCAAGCUUGAUAUUCUUGAUGUGUUUGAUGAGGUCAAAAUUGGAGUUGCAUACAAAGUCAGAGGCAAAGUUCUGGACUCUUUUCCAGCUCACCAAGAUGUACUUAAGGAGGUUGAGGUGGAGUACUUGACCAUGCCCGGCUGGAAGACGUCAACGGAAAACGUCCGUAUUUUUGAAGAGCUUCCAGUGAAAGCCCAAGCCUAUGUGAAGAAGGUAGAGGAACUAAUCAAUUGCCCAAUCAAAUGGGUUGGAGUUGGAAAGAGUCGUGAAUCAAUGAUUACACGUUUUUGACUGGGAACUUUGAAGACGUAAACGCUGAAGAACUGGCAUCAAAGAAUUUACCAGAUUUUAGAUGAUAUAAUCCAUAAAGCAUGUUUUUACACAUGGACAGCACUAUGUUUCGGACUCCACAAAACGCAAAUGUUUGGAGCAAAUCCGGGUCGAAUUUGAAAUGCUGUUAUUUUUGUUAUGUGUAGGUUUAGAUGGGUUUCAUAAAAAUAGCCCAUAUUUCUCUACUGAGACGUGACUCAGAGUUGUAAUGUGUAAGGGUGGAGUGAUGGUUCAAUACUGGAAUUUCACUAUUAAAUUUAAGUAGCUUGUAACUAUUAUUUAGCCGCAAAAUUUUUUGAUUUCUAUUCACAAGGCGUUUGCCAGCCAUUUGGUGGUAUAACCAGCCUUUAAGCCAAAAUAAAUAAAUAAUUAAUUUAUGUUAGAUUUAUAUAUGGCUUAAUGACAACAACGCAAGCAUUGUAUUAAACACAUAAAUGGAAUAACAUAUUCAGAUCCCUGGGGAGAAUUCUAUAAUGUUGCAGCUGUAAUCAGCACAUUUUAUGUUUGAAUCUAUAACCUUAUGGUUGCUUGUAACAAGUAAACACACUGCUUUGCCCAUUCCUUCUAAUGUAUCAACGUCUUAAAAUUUUCGGUCAUAAUUGCUCCCACACACAACUAAAUACUACAUGCUUCAUUAUGCACUAGCCACACACCUCCCUUUGCCUAGUUUUAGUGCACAUAGCAUUAACAAUAGAAACAGUGUAUGUUUAGAUCAUUGUAGCAUUAUUAUUUAUGUUUAUUUAUGUUUUUGCAUUGAUGUACGCAUUGUGUUUUCUUAAUAAUACAGUAGUUAUUAAUAUUAAUUUUUUAAUUAAGUGAACCUUAAAUACAGUAGUGCCUUAUAAAUUUUCCUCAAUGCGGUGACUGAUGAAUGCUGUGUUAGCAUGCACAAGUUUUUAUUCGUGUUUGAAUUUAUUUUCAGGGUUAUUAUUAUUGACGUUAAUUGGUUUAACUUCUCUAGUGGACUAGAUCUACAAAAUAAUGUAUUAAAAAUUGCAGUAAUUAUUGUUAUUAAAAACCAAUUGGAAGUUUUGCUACAUUGAAGGCCCAAAACUGGCAGCUUGUAAUUCAAAUGCUUUAAAAAAAAUAUUCUGAAGUGCGCCCUCUAUAGUAUACACUAUGGCAUGACAAGAUUUUGUUGUCAGAACUGUGAAAUGUGUACAUGGUAAAUAUACCGAAAAUCCAAGUAAUAAUUAUAAUUCUAUGGGUUUUGUACCCCUGUCUAUUCAGCGUUGAUAAUCAAGGUUGAUUGUGCUGUAAUACGUUUUAUUUGUGACUGAUUUUCCUAUGGUACUUUUAACUAACAAAGUUUAGACUGAUUUGCACAAAGGUAUAUAAUUUAUAACUAAAGGUACAUACAACAGGGGUAAAUUAAUCUACAUUGUAUUGUAUUGUACUGUAUUCUAGUUUUUGACUCAGAUCUCUUAUGAAUUUGACAACAUUUCAAGUGUUGUUUUGUUAUUUCAAGGUAUACAAUUUAUAACUUACAUAACAAGGGUAAAUUAAGCUGACAUUGUAUGGUAAGUUUGACUAACAAAGUUUAAGACUGAUGCAGCAAGGUAACCUGUAUAUAAUUUAUAACUACAGGUACAUACAACAGGAGUAAAUUAAUCUAUAUUGUACUGUAUUCUAGUAUUUGACUCAGAUUUCUUAUGAAACUGCCAACAUUUCAAGUGGUGUUUUGUUAUUUCAAGUUAUACAAUUUAUAACUUACAUAUAACAAGGUUAAAUUAAGCUGACACUGUAAACCAAACUUGGCAGUUUUGAACAAGGAAGGCUAAGCCCCAUUGCCGACAUGAUCGGCGCUGACGCACAAAACAUGUUUAUGGGUAUGACACUUCUAGAUGGGCUCUAGAUGGUUAGAAAUGAUUUUUCUUAUUCAGACUAUGAGGGGGAAUGGGGGGGGGGCUUGAAUCUUCUGCAUAGAGCUCUUAAUUAAAUAUAGCUGUAUGAGCAAACUUCAGACUAAUAUUUAGUGUGUUGUAGUGAUUAGAUGAAUCUGCCUUUGUAUGGUUAAUUUCCAUCUGGUAUAUAGGCCUAGUAUAUUACUCAAUAUUGUAUGGUCAAGAAUAAUGGUGAAUAAAGAGGGAUGACGUUAAAGGA